AUGAAGCUACCCAUGCUGCGAUACAAUUCCGCAUGGCGGUUCCUCAGUUUGGUGGCCAUCGUUGCAACUAUAACAUCCUUAGGACUUCUUAAUCUUCAAACAAGUCAGUGCGCAGGUGCCAUCAGCGCCAACAACUUUUUAUUAGCCAUGACGGUAGAUAAUGCCACAGCUAAGCUCGAUAUUAAUAACGAACAACAGUGGUUAAAAAAUUACGAAUAUCUAAGCCGUGCUGGAAUUCAUAAUAACAGUAAAUAUGUGUUUUUCUCAUCGGAAAUACUAAUUCAGAAUAUCAGUAAAUAUGGUGAAGAAUGGUUUAAGAACGUUCCAGACGAUGACUACCUGGCGGCUAACUUAAGUGUGUUUACCAGGACUAAAACAGUAAAGAAUAUGUUAAAGGAAAAUUAUCUCAUAAAGGCAGAAAAUGUGUGUAAAGGAAGGCAUCCAUUUGUGCUCUUUAUUAUUCCUUCAGUGGCGGAUGACAUAGAAGAAAGAGACGCGAUAAGGUGGACAUGGUUGAGAGCAGCAGAGACCAAUUCCUGGCCUAGAGCUUUCAUACGAGAUCACAUCAAACAUAUAUUUUUAUUCGGUCGUCAAGCAAGUCGUCGGGAAGAAGAUUAUGAACAACUUCUGCAUGAAUCGAACAUUGUCGGAGACAUUGUCAUGGCGGAUUUUGACGAUACCUACAGAAACCUUUCCAGAAAAGUUCUAAGUGGACUCAACUGGGCUCGAAAAUACUGUCCAGGGGCACAGUUCGUGCUGAAAACUGACCAAGACACAUUCAUCAAUGCCCCUCUAAUGAUGGAAGUCCUACACAAAGCACAGACUCAAAUACACAACGACAGUUUUGUAAUGGGUCUCGAACAUACGUUUCAAAAGCCCUUUGUUGUUCGAGGUGGCAAGUGGGCCGUCAGCCCCGAGGAAUAUCCCUUAGACUUUUACCCGCAUUAUCUUUACGGACAUACGUACGUGCUGAGCCAAAAAGCAGUGGUUGAUAUUACUGAUACUGCGCCGUAUGUGCCUUUGAUAUCACCUGAAGAUGCAUUCAUUACCGGGAUAUUGCCAAAGGUUGCUGGCGUCUCACGCAUCACGGCGCGCAGUUUUACCGUUUGCUGUCGGGAUAUAUUCGACUGUGAGGUGGUUUGGAACCAGAAUGUUGCUCUUCCAGAAGUUAAAAGUCCAAGUCUGAUAGCUCAGUUGUGGGCAAAUAUUAUAACUCACAGUUGUAAUGAUACUGGAAAAUUUAUUAGGUAA